CUGACAUGAAGAUGCUGCGUCCCUCCAGCCCCGAGAGCCACUACGAGACCCUGCGGCACCUCUACCAGGGCUGCCAGGUGGUGCAGGGCAACCUGGAGCUCACCUACCUGCUCCCCGAUGCCGACACCGCCUUCCUCAAGGACAUCAAGGAGGUGCAGGGCUACGUGCUGAUCGCGGAGAACCAAGUGAGCCGGCUGGAGCUGCAGAGCCUGCGCAUCAUCCGGGGGACGCAGCUCUUCCAAGAGCGUUACGCCCUGGCUGUGGUGGGCAACGCCGGCCCCGCCGGCACACCGGGGCUGCGCCAGCUCGGCAUGCGGCACCUCACAGAGAUCCUGAAGGGAGGGGUGCGCAUUGAGCAGAACCCCCAGCUCUGCUUCCAGGAGACCAUCCUCUGGUCCGACAUCUUCCACCGGCACAACGAGCUCCGUGGCGAGACCCGGGUGGAGAGCACCCGCAGCCGCAGCUGUCCCGACUGCCGGGCGCUGUGUGCGGAGGGGCACUGCUGGGGCGAGGGGCCGCAGGACUGCCAGACACUGACCAACAGCAUCUGCCACGGCUGCCCGCGCUGCAAGGGCACGAAGCCGACGGACUGCUGCCACGAGCAGUGCGCCGCCGGCUGCACCGGCCCCAAGCACUCCGACUGCCUGGCAUGCCUGAACUUCAACCGGAGCGGGAUCUGCGAGCUGCACUGUCCCCCUCUCGUCAUCUACAACUCGGACACCUUCGAGUCGGUGCCCAACCGUGAUGGGCGGUAUACGUUCGGCGCCAGCUGCGUCAGCCAGUGUCCCUAUAACUACCUCGCGACAGAGGUGGGGUCCUGCACCCUCGUGUGCCCCCAGAACAGCCAGGAGGUCACCGUCAACAACGUCCAGAAGUGCGAGAAGUGCAGCAAGCCCUGCCCGGAGGUGUGCUACGGGCUGGGAGUGGAUUUCCUCAAGGGCGUCCGCGCCGUGAACGCCUCCAACAUCCAGCACUUCGCCGGCUGCACUAAGAUCUUCGGCAGCCUGGCCUUUCUGCCCGAGACCUUCACCGGGGACCCCAGCACCAACACGCCACCCCUGGACCCCAAACUGCUGCGGAUUUUCGAGAGCCUGGAGGAGCUGACGGGCUUCCUCUACAUCGCCGCCUGGCCACCCAGCCUGCAGGACCUGGGCGUCUUCCAAAACCUGCGGGUCAUCCGGGGCCGCGUGCUGCACAACGGCGCCUACUCGCUGACGCUGCGGGACCUGGCGGUGCGGGCGCUGGGGCUCCGCGCCCUGCAGGAGAUCAGCAGCGGGAUGGUGCUCGUCCACCACAACCCCCAGCUCUGCUUCCUCCAGAAGGUGCCCUGGGGCAGCAUCUUCCGCAACCCCCGCCAGCACCUCUUCCAGACCCACAACAAGCCCCCUGAGCAGUGCGAGAGUGAGGGGCUGGUCUGCUUCCACCUCUGCGCCCACGGGCACUGCUGGGGCCCCGGCCCGACCCAGUGCGUCGCCUGCGAGCGGUUCCUGCGCGGCCAGGAGUGCGUCGCCUCCUGCAACCUCCUGGACGGAGCCGUCCGGGAGCAUGCCAACGGGACGCGGUGCCUGCCCUGCCACCCCGAGUGCCAGCCCCAGAACGGCACCGAGACCUGCUUCGGAUCGGAGGCGGACCAGUGCGUGGCUUGCGCCCACUACAAGGACGCGCAGCAGUGCGUGCGGCGGUGCCCCAGCGGGGUGAAGGCGGACGCCUCCUUCGUGCCCGUCUGGAAGUACCCAGACGAAGAUGGUGUCUGCCAGCUCUGCCCCACCAACUGCACCCACUCGUGA